UCCACAUGUAUUGUUGCCCUGAAGAAUCCAUUUUCAUGUUCUCAAUCUAGACAAGCAUCAAAAUUGCUCGUGAGGAAUUUGGGAUCGAAUACUGAAGACCAAAUCUAGCGGGGCUAUGGAAAGUUCAGCUGUAUUGCCCUGUUAUUGCAAUGGAUGUCGAAACAUCUACUGAUGAAAGUUUGAGGUUUUCACUCAACUUUGAUCAGCUUGAAGGAGUGAUCCAAUUAAAUCAUAGAGUUAUUGUUCGAGAAAAGUGGAUUGAAGUAAUGGUGAACACCGAUAACAUUAGGUGUGAUGUUGUUAGGCUAGUGAAUGAAUCACUAAUGGCAGAGAGAGGAGCAGGGGUAUCAAAGAAGCAUUUCCCUUCAAGAAUCUCAUUGCAACUAACUCCAACACUUCAAUCCAAUGUGUUGAGUAUUCCAGUAAACAAGUCCUCUAACAAUCCCUUAAGAGAAAUUGGCAACGAAAAGGCCAUUGAAGCAGGAUUCGAUCCACUAAACACUUACAUAGGCUUAAAAGUCUCCACGGGAGAGACAGUUGUUGCGACUAUGAAGCCGUGGAAAUUUGAGCAAUCUGUUAAUGGGGAUGGUGCAAAUUUAAAUUGGUUUCUUCAUGAUAGUGGAAAUGGAAGAGAGGUAUUUUCGUCUAAGCCUUGUGUUUUUUCAUUAAUUCAGCCAAAAACUUGGUUCAAGAACAGAUAUUCAAGUGUUAAUAGGUCUUUUACUAAGCAAGGAGGGGUAAUUUUUGCUGGAGAUGAGUAUGGGGAUAGUGUGUGUUGGAAAGUGGACAAAAGGGAAAACAAUGGAAUGGGACUUGAAAGGGAGACUUUGGUUAACAUAUUGGCCAAAUAAACAUAUAACUCCUUAUGCUGAGACUAGGAGAUUGGAA